GUUUAGCGUCGUCAAUGGGAAGUGCACGCCAACGUGGAAAAGCGAAUACUGUCUAGCUAACUUCCAUUUACAACAUGGGUUCUACGUCGAUUCCGUGUUUGUGGAUUACAUUUAGCCUUCAUCUAUGUUGUUUUAUGAACACUGGAAAAGCACAGAAUGCGAAAGAAGGUAUGUAAUAAAGUUUGAUAACCUCUCAUCAUCGCCUGAUCCAGGCUACAUCCCGAAAACUGAUCCGCAAUCGCGCGAAGUGACAUCCAGAGAAAUAGCAGGCAGUAGACUAUCCUGCGAUUCUGUUGUUUGCGCACGAAUGAUCAUUCCUGUAUUUGUAAAAUAUUUAAAAAAUACAAUAUGUCAUGACAUUAGUUCAAUUACAUUACAUUAUUGUUAGUCAGUGGAUAGAAGUCUGUGCCCAUUCACACAUCUUUUGUGUGACGAACAACCCGUAGUAGGCUAUUUUAGUAGGCUUUUACGCAUGGCAUCAAAUCCAAAAUAAGGCUCCAUACCGACGAUGGUAAAGUUUUAGUUUUCAAGGCUAAGAUAGUCUACAUUUAGACUGUCAUUCCACUCAGUCUCAUAUCAUGACUUGUAAUAAACUUCCAAGAUCGAUGAAUAAGCUAUUACUAUCCCAUUCACCAUAAGUAUGGUCCACAUUAACCCUCCUUGUCAUUACAGGAGUUCAUGUUUGAAAGACCUGAAAUUAGUCUAUAAAAACUGACAUGUACAGAGCGAGAGCGCACAAGGAAAGUCUAUAUCACAGACACGGAGAGAUAGAAAGAUCACGGUAUACUGUUUAUAGAAAUAAACUAAAGGUUCAUAUUGCUAAAGAAAUGGGCUUAUUAAUAAACAAAUACAAUUGGAAGGAGAGAAAUAAGAUUUAUGUCUCGCCAAGUUGCUGACCUUCACUUUUUAGGUGAUUCUUGUAUUCGUAAACACACUGUAUUGAUUCUGAAAUACAAACUAUUUUCAUGUCCGUCUGAAGUUUGACACAGGCUGUGCAAAUUGUUUAAAGCAUAUGGGGCUAUAAUAUAUGGUCGUAUGUCAGAUCAAUAGAUUGAACUGAUAUUUAGCCUAUAAUAACCCUGUUAUUAAACACACUCUCUCACGGCCCUGCGUUCUAGGAGAGAAAUCGGCAGUACGCUCCGAGGCUCUAUUCGGGUGAAUGAUUCAGCCAUGAAUACCACUUCUACCCGCUAAUAAUAAUAAUAAUAAUAUAUAUAUAUAUAUAUAUAUAUAUAUAUAUAUAUUAGAUAAGUGACACUUUUACACCAAAUUCAUGUCGCCGUUGGUAGACUACAGCCGAACAGUUUUUGGAUUAUAUUUCUGUUGUUAGUGCGCUUGUCGCCCAUGGCACAGCAAGGACUCGUGCAUUGCUUUUUAAUGUCCUAGAUUUACGUAUAGAGGCAGGUGUUCUUGUCUGACCCUAUUGCACCAGCAUGUGUGCCUCCAUACUGAAAAGACACACACAGAUAGGUUUGAAUAAUUUUGCCAUUUAACUUCAUGUUUAUGUGGGUUGUAGGCUUCAUGAAACCCAAAGUUGUCACAAAAAACACUUACUUUUUAGCUUAAUGGAAGGGUAGCCUAUAUGGAAUGGUCGCCUAUAUGAAGUGUUUAUCCAGUAGUCUUCCAUAUAAAAGCAGUUCUCACUCAGUGCCAUUGAGGUAAAAGGUGUUGCCAUGAAAUCAAUGCCCUUCUGAACAGCCUGUAAUUGUUAAUUUUAAUAGCUGGCUGCAGAAAAUGGGUCAUGUGUCUAGUCAUCUAGCCCUCACACGCUGUAUCAGGCUGUAGACUCUCGUAGCUUAUUCAUUUAAUAAUAUUUAUGGCGAACUGACUGUGGCACAUGCAGAGAUUUAAUCACCUGCUCUACCCUUUUAUUUCCUGCCGCUAGUGAUUCUGUUGGAUUCCAAGGCACAGCAGACAGAGCUGGAGUGGAUAUCUUCUCCUCCUGGUGGGGUAAGUGGGACACCUCUGAGGACAUAUACUACUCCAAUUAACACUGUUAUUUUCAGCGUUACCAUGCUCUACCUUAAUGGAGGUCUAACAAGGAAAAUCUAGAUUUAAAUGUGAAAUUUCAACACGGUCCAGUAUUAUUAUGUCUGUCUGGCUGUCAUUACCAUGGAUAUGUGCCUCUGGGUCAUUAUCAGCUGAACUAUCCAGAGGCAAGCUUUUUAAAAUGGUCACAGUGUUGGACCGAGUUCGAGAAAGGCCAUUUGGGUGGGAUGUUUGUUUAUGUUAAUUGAUGUUAAUUGUAGCAGUCCUGAAAAUCUAUAGGAGGGGUGGCAUUUAAGUUAAGAGAUAUUGAUUUUGAUUUUGAUGUAGCCUAGGCCUCAAGUCACCUUUCCAUAAUAGCCUGUCCGUAAAGGUUUAAAAAUCUUAAUCUUAAAUAAAAACGUAAAAAAUACAAUCUAGCAAUGUGAUUGGAAAGUCAUGUUUGGAAGUAAUCCUAAUUGAUCCAUCAUUUGUUUUUAUGCUUAUCAGGUUUACUUAUAUGCCCUGUUAGUUUCUGUUAGUAUUAUCUAACUUUAGACCUAUCUCUGUUUUCUAAUCUUUCUUUGGGCCUGAUUUCAGAAUAACAGUGCAGAAGUUUAUGGAUUUUGUUUAAUAGUUGCAUACUCAUUUCCAAAUAGUGUAAAAGCAAAAUGGAUGACACAUUUUUUGAAAGUGCUCCAAUAAUGGAGGUCUAUUCAUACCCUAUGUUUUUGUGAUUUUUUUCUGCUAAACCACCAUUAUACAGUGUUAUUACUAGUUUUUACACCUUUUACACGCCUUUAUUAAUAUAUUAAAACACUGUAUUGAAUCAACACUACAGUAGGACAGAAAACCAGCCAGUAUUUACAUUGUUGUGUUUUGAUUUCAUUGCAAAAGAAUGUUGCUGUUGAGAACCAAUCCAUUUAAAUGUACCAAACUUGUGCUCUGUUCUUUUCAGUGGGAAGAGAUCAGCGGGUUGGAUGAAAACUACACCCCUAUUCGCACAUACCAGGUUUGUCAGGUCAUGGAACCCAAUCAAAAUAACUGGCUUCGGACUAGCUGGAUAGAGAAGGGCGAUGCCCAGAGGAUUUUUGUGGAACUGAAGUUCACGUUGAGGGAUUGUAACAGUCUACCCGGUGUGGUGGGCACGUGCAAGGAGACAUUCAACUUGUAUUACCAGGAAACCGAUUCGGAGGUCGGCAGGAAUAUACGAGAGAACCAGUACGUGAAAAUUGACACAAUCGCAGCAGAUGAGAGCUUUACCCAGGGGGACCUGGGAGAGAGGAAGAUGAAGCUGAAUACAGAAGUGCGCAUCAUUGGGCCGCUGUCCAGACGAGGGUUUUACCUGGCCUUCCAGGAUGUAGGGGCAUGCAUCGCUCUGGUCUCUGUCAAAGUUUAUUACAAGAAGUGCUGGUCCAUCAUUGAGAACCUGGCCACUUUCCCAGACACUGUUACGGGAUCCGAAUUCUCCUCUCUGGUUGAGGUCGAGGGCAUGUGUGUCAGUGACGCCGAGGAGGAGGCCGAUAAUUCUCCCAAGAUGCACUGCAGCGCAGAGGGGGAAUGGCUGGUGCCUAUAGGGAAAUGUAUAUGCAAAGCUGGAUUUCAUCAGAAGGGCGAUGCAUGUGAACGUGAGUGCAGUUAUAUUCAUCUUGCUCUAUCCUCUCUAUACACCGUUUUAAUUGGCGGCAUAACUUUUUCCAUCCUCUGCUACACUCCAAUUUUCAGUAUUGAAAAAUAUUACUCAGCCCCAAACAUUGUUUUAAUUAGGGGAAAUAGGAAACUUAUUGGUAAGCAGAAAAUGUGCCUCAUUCAAAUGUAAAUGUUUAGAAUAGUUUUCCCCUUUGAUUCAUCGUUUUGCACAGGAUCACGCAUGCCUAAACAACAGAAAGAAUCUGUUGAGUAUUUACGUUUUUAAUUAUACAAAGCAGGCAAAGGACAAUUUGGGCCACGUUGAAUAGUUGUGGUGGCAAAAAAAAUUAAAGCAGCUGAUUUGAGGGCAAUAUUAAUGAUGGAUAAAGUAUGGAGGCCUGGAAAUCCUCUGUGUAAUAAUUGGAAUCCAUGUUAAUUGUUUGAUUAGCAGGCUCUUAAUUUAUAGCCAUGGUUCUGUUGACACUGGGAUUAAAUGAUAACUUGCACUUCAGUUUAGCUCAGUGCUCCUCGGUAAGAGCACUUCCCUCUCUGGCUGGCUGCUGGCCAAGGCAAUCACUUGCAGAAUACACAGGUCUGGAGGAUGUCCAACCAAUCUUUCAGUAUCCCUCUGCCCCUUCCAAACAACCCUGACAGAGAGAAAACAAAUAGCCGCCAUACUGUGGCAUUUAGGCCCCAAGAUAUUUAUGAAGGGCCCUAACAGGAAACACAGUUACAGUCGCUGCGGAUAUGUAUUUUGUGUUGUUUGGUCCUAGCACCAUGCCUCGGCAGUUAGCAUUAAAAUGCUUUAUGUCACUCUAAUUACCUGACUUGUAUGAUACAAAUCACUGUGGAUUAAAGGGGAACUACUUAAAUCACAGAGCUUAAGUGCUCUGUCUUGUCAGCCAAGCUUUUUUUUCUUCCACGGAAUGGGCAGUGUCCAUCUAAGCAGCUUAUGAGGGAUACUGACCAGUAAUAAUUAAAGGGAAUGUGUCUCAGGACAAACUAGAAGUCCAGGCAGGCUGGCCACUUUCAGGCCAAUACUACAACACAUAGUUCUCCACCAGAGAAUUAGGCCUAUACCCUCUACCCUGUGAAGUGUACUUAGGCGAUAAUAUCAAAAACAAACAAAAAUUGCCUCGAGUUAUGUUGCCCUAAAAUGUGGUUAGAGGUUAGAGCUCGUUCAACACCCAGGGAGUUCUUUUUUUUUGCGGUCGUUUAUGUUAUUUUGGAGCAAACAAUGCAGCAUAUAUUACAUAAAAGCUUUGUCUAAAAGGACCAGCUGAAGCCUGCUCUUCUGCUUGUAAAGCAUUGUGCACAAGGCAUGUUAGAACUGAACUGUUGCCCAUUCCAGGCAAUUAACUGAUCCAACUACUGUACCAGCUAAAACUGUCCUUAGUGAGGUGGAAAACAUACCCACCUGUGUAUGAGUGAUUAAAAUCCUGUCUCAACGUGGUAACUUUAUAAGAGAUUUAUUUCCAUUGGGGCCAUUGUAUUAAGGGGUAGUUAAUCUAAAUAAAAUGAACAUCUUACUGCAGAAUCAGCAGCUUCUCGCAGAGAUCUGGUGAUAUUAAGUCGCCCAUUUAGUGGUUUCCCCUAGAGCAAAUCAAAGGGGAAAAUCCAACAGUUUUCCAUCGGUUGAACACCACUUCAAUGGGGCCUAGAAUGGAAGAGGGUUUUGUCCUUUGUAACUGCCCCAUAGCUACAGUACAGCUACAAUACUUGUGUUGGAGUUUGCACAGUCUUCACCUAGGCCUCUAUUUUAGCAUCCUGCUUGGGAUACAGUGACUUUCUAUAUAGAAAAUAGAUACACAUUCCACUCGCUGUCCUAUUUUCAAUAUCUGCAGUAUCCCCCAAUUGUAAAAUGUCCAUCUGUGAAAUAUCGAGCAGAAGGCUGCAGGAGGAGCAAGUGAGUUGAGCUGUCAGUCAUGUCAUUCGAGGACUAGGAGCCCCACCCCCUCUGUGGAUGCAGAGGCCUCCUCCAAAACGUGUUGUGAUCCACUCAUUCAUCACCGUCACUGGAGAGGGACUGCAUGUCUUUCACUCCUCUCCCUCCCUGUCUCUGUCUCUCUUUAACUAUUUGUGUGGCAUCUGCAGCACUAUAAAUGCCUGUGUUU